AUGGACGUCGACAAGGUGUCCUUCUACCCACUCCUCUUGGACCUCCUCACAGAUAUCAGCGAAGCACAUUUCGUGGCGAUAGAUCUCGAAUUGAGUGGCGUGCCAUCCAAAGGCGCCCACAGCCAAGGCAAACCAACUCUCCAACAACGAUAUACCGAGACGAAAGAAGCCGCCGAGCGCUACCAAAUCCUGCAAUUCGGCCUCACGUGUGUCGAGCAGGAUGUGGCAAAUCAGAAAUACAUCCUCAAACCCUACAACUUCGACCUCAGCCCCGUCAUCGCUGAGCGCGGUCUCGAUAUCGAACGCAUCUUCAGCUACCAGUCCGGUGCAGCAGAGUUCUUGCUCAAGGUGGGCUUUGAUAUGGCGCGACCCUACACCCAUGGCGUGCCGUACCUUUCCCGCCUCGAGACACGCGAAGCUCGAGACAAGCAUGCCAAACGCCAGGACAAGAGCGCCCUAGCCGAUAUUCAGAUCAAACCCACCGAACUCGAGUCCCUUGCUUUCCUCGAGCGAGUAAGGUCCGAGAUCCGUGGCUGGCUCGCCUCGCCAACUUACGAAGCAACGAAUUAUGUAAACAUUGCUCCUGUCGGUGCUGAGAUCGUUAAGGAUGCCGAAGCACCUGCUGAGCUUUCACGAUUCGAGAAGCGUCUUGUUCACCAACUCGUGAGGGCUGAAUUUCCGGAUCUCGUAACGGUGAGCAAGCGUGGCUUCGUGCAGAUCGUGCGUUUCGACAAGGAGCGCGAGGAUAGUAUCGCUGCCGGUCGCAAGCGGGACUCAGAUGAGCGUAUCAACCGGCAGAAGGGUUUCAGAUGGAUCAUCGAAGCUUUGAUGGGCAGCGAUAUCACUCGACUUGAUCUGAGAGAGUGCGCCAGGUAUCCAGUGACCGGCGAGCAGAUAUUCGCAGACAUGGAUGAAUUCAAAUCGCAGUUCCACCGCGCUCACGCUCUGAUGUAUCGAAAUCCGCGAGUCUUGGUCGGUCACAAUUGCUUCCUGGAUUUCAUCUACAUCUACCGCACUUUCAUCGGCCCUCUUCCGGACACCGUCGAGGAGUAUCAGCGCAAGCUCCACUCGCACUGGCCUACCAUCGUCGACACGAAGUACAUGUCCACCCACAACUGCGGCGAUAUCAGCCCUGCGUCUUCACUCGAGCAGAUCGCGGAGCAGCUGAGUGAGCAGAAGACUCCCACCAUCGAGCUCGCGGCCGAGCACUCAAAGUACAAGGACGUCGAAGCCUUCCAUGAAGCUGGUUUCGACAGCUAUCUCACCGCUGGUGUGGCGGUCCGCCUGAGCAGCAAGCUAGAGAAGGCAGGACAGUAUGUCGACGUGGACGCCAACGCGAACGACCCUUCUCUCAACACCUGGACCCUAGCAGGACAGAACUCCAGGGAUGACACACCAGUCGAGAUCAACCCCCUUACCAUCUCUGACCCCUCCACUUCCUCCGUUUCCUCAGCGACUGCUGUAGCAGAAGACGGCUUCACGCCCUCCGUCCCAGGCGCGAAAUGGAAACGUCGCGGCGAUCCAACAGUAGCUGGUACUAGCGGCCCAGACGACUCCUUCAAGUACGAUCCCAAGAACCUCAAGCAUCGAUACGUGCCUCCGCCUGCGGGAAGGGUGGAAGACGGGAUGCCGGGGUUCGGGAGUGAUUUCUGGCGUGUCUAUGGCAAUCGAAUGAGAGUUUUCGGGACGGAGGAGGCGGUUUGUGUGCUCGAUGCAGGCGGGAGUGGGGAGGGUAGUGAGGAGGAGGGACAGGGUGGCGUGCAGGUUUGA